CGGACCAAACGACAGACAGACAUGGCAGAAGUCGCACCAGCACCCGCAGCCGCCGCGCCGGCCAAGGCACCCAAGAAGAAGGCAGCAGCCAAGCCCAAGAAAGCGGGACCCAGCGUAGGAGAGCUCAUCGUCAAGGCUGUGACCGCUUCCAAGGAGAGGAGCGGCGUGUCCCUGGCCGCGCUCAAGAAGACGCUGGCGGCAGGCGGCUACGACGUGGAGAAGAACAACUCCCGCGUCAAGAUCGCAGUCAAGAGCCUCGUCACCAAGGGCACCCUGGUCCAGACCAAGGGCACCGGUGCAUCCGGCUCCUUCAAGUUCAACAAGAAAGCCGUCGAGGCGAAGUUGCCCGCCAAGAAAGCCGCAGUCCCCAAAGUAAAGAAGGUGGCCGCGGCGAAGAAGCCCAAGAAGGUAGCAGCCAAGAAGGCCGUCGCCGCAAAGAAGUCCCCCAAGAAGGCCAAGAAGCCCGCUACACCCAAAAAGGCCGCCAAGAGCCCCAAGAAGGUGAAGAAGCCCGCCGCAGCGGCCAAGAAGGCGGCCAAGAGCCCCAAGAAGGCUACAAAGGCAGCCAAGCCCAAAGCCGCCAAGCCCAAGGCAGCCAAGCCCAAGAAGGCAGCUCCCAAGAAGAAGUAAACCUAUUACAAACAGUGUUCUACUCGACACAUGUUGUACCACAAAAGGCUCUUUUAAGAGCCACCCACCUCUUUCCAUAGAAAGCGCAUUGAUUUCCAUGUACUACCUGUCGUGAAAAAGAAAUUACGCACACUAGGCUACUUUUAAGCACACAACAUUGUCCCACUCUGGGUGUGUGCGAAGGGAGAGGCAUAUACUAGAGGGCCAAAAUGGCUUAGAAAUUUGACCUCACGAGUGCACCCUCACCAGCCAUUUAUAUAUGAG